GCGGCGCAUUGUCAAAUGUGAUUACAAAUUUUGUAAUAACUUUCGAAACUAGUGGUGACAAAGCUGGUUUAAGUAAUUAGUGCAAUUCCGAGGGUGAAACAGUAUUGAAUUACAUAACAAAAUAGAAAUCUGUUGUAAGAAUAAUGAUUAAACGCUCGAAAUUACCUUCUAACCUAACUUAACAGCUUUUCAAAAAUGUUUGAUAUGUUUCAGAUCAUGAAGCUCAGGCAGGUUUUGUUGUUAAAAAACUAUUUCUUAACAUUAGUCGGUUUGUUGGUUUUUGUUAUAAAGACAGAAAGUGGACCAAAUAAUUUACACGUUCAUGACGGUGCCACAACGGCUGAAAUAAUAGCUGGUGAUAUAUUUUUUGAAAUAAUUGACCCCCUAGAAUUAGAAUAUACAUACAGAAUAAGGCCUGCCAAAGAUUUUGGAGCACCUUUUAAUGAAUCGUUUUAUAUAAAACAUGUCCCUCUUGUGCCUAUUCAACCAAAAUUCGGUUGUACGCCUCCUGAGAAUCUUGAGGAUAUUGAAGGAAAUGUUGCUCUAAUUGAAAGAGGGGAAUGUUCAUUCAAAAUGAAAGCAAUAAUCGCUGAAAAAGCCGGUGCACAAGCGGUAAUUAUAACAGAUGUUUCCAAGCCGACUGAAGAAUACUUUAUUGAGAUGAUUGAUGAUGACUCAUCUGAUGAAGUUCACAUACCUGCAGCUUUUCUCAUGGGGAAAAACGGUAUUAUGAUAACAAAAACUCUGGAAAGGUUGAAAAGAUCAUAUGCAAUAAUUAAUUUACCCGUAAAUUUAACGUUCACACCAGUACAUGAAAUGAAUCAGCCACCAUGGUUGGGAUGGUAAUUGAUACCCCAGUUCUAAGUUGAAUGAAACACAAAUCAGGGUCAAGUUCCUCAAUUUUUAACCCCAUUUGGACACUGUACUUAUUUUUAUUUAUUGCCAAAUAAUUUAUUUACUGGUGUGGGGUUGUAAUUUUGUACAUAUUAACAUCGUCUGAAAUGGCCACUCGUGUGCCAUGUGUGGAAAAAUUGCUCACCUCUAGUCAACUUAGCAAUAAUUUUUUAAAGAAUUUACAGUUUUACUUGUUUGUACAUAUCACUUUAUUUAUUGAAAUAAAUUUUAAGACGUUA